GGAGAAAUUUGAAGAAACGUUUGAAGGGCAGGCUUGACAACGUGCGAUCAGGGGACUUCUUGCGCGACGAGGCGAGAAAACAUCUAUAAAACCCUGGACCUAUCUGUCUUCGCCCUCCGCACACAGAAUAUGUCCAAGAGCAUCACAUCGAACCCAUCCUUUGGCGCUGAGACCUCAGCAGAGGAAGUAGCUGCCAGCCUCUCCUCGCACAUCACUGGGAAGGUCAUCCUCGUUACAGGCGUUACUCCUGGCGGCCUCGGUGCUCACUUUGUAGAAGUCAGCGCCGCGCACAAGCCGAAGCUCCUCAUUCUCGCGGGGCGCGACCCCUCGAAACUCGCCGAGAGCACCAAAGCGAUCGAGAGCGCACAUCCAGAUGUCAAGACACGCGCGCUCGAACUCGACCUGAGCUCGCAGGCGAAGGUCCGCAAAGCAGCGGAGGAAGUCCUGUCGUGGUCCGAGCCGAUCGACCUCCUGGUCAACAACGCCGCCAUCAUGGCUGCCCCAUAUCAAAAGACCGUCGACGGGCUGGAGAGUCAGUUCGGCACGAACCACAUUGGACACUUCUUGUUCACCAACCUCAUCAUGCCCAAGAUCCUUCAGUCGAAAUCCCCUCGCAUAGUCAACGUCAGCAGCAGUGGGCACCGGCUGAGCGCUAUCCGCUGGGACGACUUGGAUUUCAAGGACGGCAAGGAGUACAAUAAAUGGGCCGCAUACGGACAGGCAAAAACGGCGAACAUCCUUUUCUCGGUAGCCCUGGCGGAGAAGCUGGGCUCCAAGGGACUGACGGCCUUUUCUCUGCACCCCGGCGUUAUCAGUACAAACUUGGCCAGGUUUGUUUCGGAGUCCAUGGAAAAAGAUUUUGCAGAAUUACACGAGCUCGACAAGCAGUUAGGCAAUAAGGAAGGCAACGCCUCUCUGUCCGAUAUCAAGUGGAAAACACUGACCCAGGGAACCGCGACACAUGUCGUCGCAGCCUUCGAUCCUGCCCUCGCUCGGCAUAACGGCGUGUUCUUAAUUGACUGCCAACUCGCGCCCGAUGAUGACAUCAAGCCCUACGCGCUCGACAAGACCAACGCUGAGAGACUGUGGAAGCUCAGCGAGGACAUCGUCGGGCAGAAGUUCACGUAUUAAAGGCGAUAGUAGUACCAUCGUUGAGAAAUAUGCAAUGUAAAUGUGUUCAACGGCCCUGUCCGUCGUCGGGCAAAUACACAAGUACUCUUACGAUCC